AUGUCUAAAAGAAAGCGGAAUUCCGAGCCCACCUUGCAGGACCAGCUCACAAAGAGCCAGGACGACCUGUCCCGGGCCCUAAAGGCCGCCAAGGGCUUCGAGCGACAGCGCCUCAGCAAGCGACUCCACGAGGCUGGCAUCACACCCGACAAGCAGGAAAGGCUGGAGCGGGAGGUUGCCGUUCUCAAGUCACUCGAGCUCCACCAGACCGCGCGAGCGCACCUCUUCUCUUCCCUCCUCAAGGUCAAGGCGAUCGCGGCGUCCACCGACCUCCCCGAUGAGAUCCGCACCGGCGUGCCCAGGCCCGAGCUCUCGGAGGAGGAGAGGUCUGCCCUCCACAACGUGACCAGCGGGCUCUAUAACAGGAAGCCGGUGAAGGAUGUCGUGGACCGGGCGGUCGAAUCGGUGUGCAAGCUCCUCGGGGUCCCGAUUCCGUCCAAGGGGAAACAAGGGAAGAAGGACAAGCGGAAGGAUGCGGAAGAUCAGCCGGCCGAUAGGAUAUCGCACGAAGCCGAGGACGAGGUCAGUCUUCCUCCGGAGAGUGGUGAUGGGGUGGGUGAGGACCCGGACGAGGUGACGGAUUUCGAGGGUUUCAGUGACGACGGCGGACCCGGUCCUGAGGUCGCGGAUGGUGCUUCAGACAGCGAGGGUGAGGACGGGGACGUUGAAGAGGGUGAAUUUGCGGAAUAUGAUGGUCUGCUUGGGAGCUCCUCGGAAGACGAGGAUGCAGGGUUCAACGACAAACGGUAUGAUCAAUUCAGAGGCCGUGAAAAGGUCAAUCUGGAUGAUAUCUCAGUUUCAGGAUCCGAUGCGGACGUAGAGGUCGGAGAGGAGAGCGAGGAUGAUGACGAAGACGAGGAGCAAGAAGAAAAGGAAGAGCAAGAGGCUGAGAGCGACCAAUCAUCUUCACCUCCGCCCCCAGCAAAGAAGACAAAGAGGAGCAAGGAUCCCGGCCCCAUUAGGGACUCGACUUUCCUGCCGUCCCUUAUGGGAGGCUACAUGUCCGGUUCUGAAUCAGCAUCAGACGUGGAUGUCGAGGCGCCCAAGAAAAGACGCGGUCAAAGGGCUCGACAGGCCAUCUGGGAGAAGAAGUUCGGCACCAAGGCUAAGCAUCUCCAGCAGGAGAAGAGGAGAGGAGGCAGAGAUGCCGGAUGGGACAUGAGACGAGGAGCCGUCGACGGAGAUGACCAGGGUCGCAGGACGCCAUGGAAAAAGGGUGUAAGCAAUCCUUUCUUAAAUAAGGGCAGAGGUGAUGGCGAUGGUUCUAGUUUCCAGCCAACGCCGCAGCCACCCAAACCAACUAAGCGGGACGAUGAAGGAGUACUGCACCCAUCUUGGGAGGCGGCUAAGAAGGCCAAGGAUGCUAAGAAAGCAGUCGCUUUCUCUGGAGCGAAGAUCGUUUUUGACUAA